AUGGCCCGUCGUCGGUCGAAUAUGUCGUUGAUGAGAGCUGGUGGCAAUUGUCCACAAGAGAAGAAUCGAGUAGCAGCCCAGGCCAUAAACAACGGUUCCUCAAGUAAUGGUUCUGUCGUGAGAGUCCGCAAAUUCGUCGGCGAUGAUUUUGACCGGUACCUUGGACGCUUUGGAUUGGUGAAAAAGACCAUGCCCAAUACAAAUGGAAGCAGUCUUUACAGAGCAGUUUGUGAAUCGCUCAGCACGAAUCAACGAGAAUACUCUGCUCUACAACAGCUCGUAGAAGACCACCUUCUAUUUCAAUACCACAUUCAACGAAUUGAGGACGGGCUGCCGCGCGUAAACAAAAUCGAGGAUUCUUUAACGACCGUUGCCCACCUUUUGAGCUAUCGAGCUUCGGAAAAGAGAAAAUGUGGCGUGAAGAACAGUCAAGAUUAUCGAGGGGAUAACGAAGAAGAGGAGAGUUUGGCUUCGCUCUCGGCUUUACGACAAUGCGCCCACCUCACCCUGUCUUUGGCUCAAAUACUUGGGCUCGAUGAAGGCAUCGACUUGAUUGUCUAUCGUGAAAUCAAUGAGAAGCCUGUAAUUUACAAAGGAAGUCUCGAAGGAGAGUCUGCUGAGAAACUUACAGCAAUUCUUUACGAGGCACUCUAUAUUGGAGUUUUUGGCUUUUCACGAGACACAAUCAAAGAAUCGAUCGCGAAAGUACGUGAAGAUAUGGAUGCCGUUGGAGUUGAUGUAGAAACGCCCACUUCCGACUCUGUGCCUGGACAACCUACUGAAGACUUCUCAUCCAAUGAUGGGAGCAAUCAACCGCCUGCACACGCUUGGAGACCACCAAUUCCGUAUUCAUCAAUAAAAGCACUUGAUCCUUCUGUCUACCGUAAUCUGUCUUACGACUUGUUCCUGAAAAGUAAGAGGCAGAAAGGUGAUUACGAGCAGAGCCAAUGGUUUUGCUUUAUUGAUCACGCUUUAGGUAUUUUCCGAUCUGGUUCUCCAUGCCUCAUAAUGGAAGGCGAAUCGUGUUACCGUGCGUUCGUGCUGUCUGUUCCGGAUAAGCAUUCGAGGAUGGUUUUGGUCAACGGGAUUGAAAGAAGAGUGAGUGUGUCGAGAUUGUUACCGUUGUCUUGUCACAUCUCGCCUAUUCAAACCGUGCCGAAUUCUCGUUUCAAGAUCAACACGGAGCAUCCAGAAACAGCACAAACUGCUCCGCCAAGAGAGCUAUUUCCUUGGUUGUCUGUCGUUCCUUUAUCCUAUGAGUAUUGGACGGAGACUUUCACUGUCCAGUGCUUAUUGAAUGGAAGCUAUUGUAUUCGUUCAAUCGAAAUUGACCAACAAGACUACUUUACUGUUAUUAUCAUUAUGCCAUUCCAGUACCUGUGCCAGAUGAGUCCAAACGGCUUCGUCAUUCCCAAUUCCGGUUUUGCCUACGUGAAUUCCCCCUGGAGUUACGGCGGAACUGUUUCAUCGUGCGAGUCCACGUCUGUUGUUGUUGGUGUUCCGCUAGAUUCAAGCUAUGAGUGCAUGGUGAACAAGAAGGGAGGUCUGAAAGUAAUUCUAGUCACACACCAUAAGCCGUUUCCCGCACUUCAAUGCAAGAGGGACCUGAGCUUGGACGAUGCCUUCAAGUCAGUUGGUGAAGAGCUUACCAUAGCGGUUGAUCCGAGUGAUUACUUUGGUAGUGGAAUUGGUUACAGAGGCGAGGAGUAG